AACUCGCCAGUCCGUCACAGAGAGCGACAGGGUUGGGUGGGUCGAAUAGUGAGCCGGGGGCGAGUGACGAAGCCCUAUGGUUACGAGAUCAGAUCUGAUGCGGUCGUGAGCUUCGGACAUUUUAUCAAUUUCCCAUCGAUCUCUACACGAUUACUAGUCGCCGGUGGUGUGGAGCCGGUUCGUUCAGUGCGCAUUCGCAGUACAAAAGAGACUUGUGAUAUUUUUCUAGUAAUAUUAAGUUCCGCAGCGGAACACUUUAAUUUUUUGUCGUUUUAAAAGUGUACAAUAUAAGUAAAAAUUUGGAAAACAUGGAGAUCCUGCCGGUCACGAAUCAGUUUGUCGGAUUCAAUAGCGAAAAAGCUUGGAAUGGGCCAACUUGGCGGGAAGCACCGGUGCCGGUUCCGACGGAAGCGGCGCUGGCUCAGAGGCUCGAGAGAGAACUUCGAGCGGCGAAAGGAGCCAGCGAGCUAGCCACGGCUGAGGUGCUGGUGCCGGCCGAGCUGCUGGCGCGAGCCUCGCGGCAGACGCUGGCGCUGGCGGAGGGCGAGCCCUGCGGCUCCCGGGGGGCCGCCGUCAUAGUGGACGUCGCGGGCAGAAGAUUAGCAGCUUUCAAAAUAGACCCCAACACGUUAACUACGCACGAAAUACAUCUUCACCUGGAACAUGACGCGACGAACUGGACCAGCCUGUUGCCGCAAUUCUUAAAAAACUUAACGCGAGGCGGCACCAUCAUCAUCAGCCCCCAGUUCACGAUAGAAAAGAAGAAAUUGUUCAGGAGCCAGGCAGAGUGAACAGGCCUGUGAUAUGCGCGUGAUGCGAGCGAGCCGACUGACAGCCCUCCUCGAUGUCUACGUAUCGUUAUUUUAACAAAUAUCAUAUUAUUAUAUAUUAUAUUAAUUAUUAUAUAUUUUUAAUAAGAGAAAAAAAGCACAGCGUGAUAUGUAACGUAUAGUAGUAGUAUAAGCGCGCGGAACAGCGCCGGUGUUGUCGCGGCGGCGCGCGGCGGCGGGCGGCCAUCCCGCGCCUCCUCCCGGACGACGGUUGCUGUUGCCCACCGCUGCGCUCGCCUCCCCGCGCCGCUCGUACUUAUGUUAAUCAUUGUAUGAUCAUUGUUUGUAUUUUGGAUAUUUUAAUGAAUGUGAGUGUUGGUGGUUGUUCGCGUGAGUGGCGUGGCGGCGUUCGUGCGCACCCCUGAUCUCAGCCGCCGCCGCGCGUGUGAUACUGAUACCCUGAACGAUAUAGUCUUAGGUAUUAUUUUGUUUUGAGUUCGAUUCUAUUCUGAAGUUGCGUAGAGUUCGUAUUUUCAUGUAUCGUAACUGUAUUUAUUAGAGGCGAUCUCUGUAGAGGUCCGAUAUGUGUACGUUUUUCGUAAUUGUACUAGUUUGUACAUUUGUUUGUGAUACUACUUU